UACUUUAAUGUGGUAUUAGGACAAUUUGGAAUAGAUUCAGAAUGUUAACGAAGAACAGAAGUUAAGUUCCAAGUGAAAUAAUUUGCGAUGCAGAACAACAGAAUAAAUACCAUAUUGUUCAUUUUAACAUUCAAUGACAUAUUUCACUAAUAUUAAAUCAACAAAUUAAUCUUCGAAGGAAAACAUCAGUCAAGAUUGUAAAAAUGCAUUUCAAUAAUAUCAUCAAAAAUGGGAGGUAUACACAGUUCGUGGCUGCCAAUGCAGUGAAUAUUUUAACAAUAUCAGCGGGUGCAUCAAUGGCCUGGACUUCGCCAGUAUUAGCAAAACUAGCAAAAGAUAAAAGUUACAGCCCAUUUCCACGGCACAUCACCAGCCCCGAGGCAAUGUGGAUGGGCGCGCUGGUAUCUCUGGGUACUGCUGUAGGGCCGUUCAUAUGUGCAUUUUCAACGAACAAGAUCGGCAUGAAGCAGACGCUGCUGUGGUCAGCUCUGCCCAGCCUGGUCGGCUGGAUCCUGACGGCUUCGGCCACGACCAUAAUGCAACUCCUGGUCGCCAGGUUCAUUUUAGGUAUAGCUUGUAGUGUCGUCUUUUCAGUAGCUCCAUCUUAUGUUUCAGAAAUCGCAGAUAAUACUUUUCGUGGUACAUUAGGAGCCCUAUUGCAACUUACUCUAACUAUUGGGAUGUUGCUGGUAUAUUGCAUAGGCCCUUACACAUCUUACGUUGUUUUCACCACAAUAUGUGGAAUCAUUCCAAUAAUAUUCGCAAUUUGUUUCAUUCCUAUGCCAGAUAGUCCAUACUGUUGUGCGUCUAAAGGUAAGCUAGAUAAAGCAAAAGCAUCAUUAGUUCGCUUAAGAGAUAGAUCUGCAGAUGAAAUAGAUAAAGAAGUUAAGCAAAUACAGGCAGAUGUAGAAGCAGCCAAGGAUGGCUCAUAUCGUGAGCUCUUAUGCAGUGGUACCCAAAAAUUGCCUUUAUUUUUGGGAAUAGGAUUGGCCGUCUUCUUUCAAUUAUCAGGAGUUACUGCCGUACUAAUUUACGCCGAAUCCUUGUUCGAACAAACGGCAUCAAGUCUUUCGCCGGACGUCAUGGCCAUGAUAAUGGGUUGGUAA